CCUGAGACUACGGUCCCAUCAGAUUCGAACUUGUCUGAUAUCGAACUGGCCAACGAUGCAUCGGCCUCCAGAUCUCGCAGGCGACAACUUCCAGUUUGUAGGCUCUCCGAUCACCGUAAACAGUCUUCUACGUUGUACUAAGAAUUAUGUAGCACCCACUCAACAAGUUCUGGCAUGGAAUCAAGUCGAGGGAAUACUUAAACUCAUUGACUCUGUGGAACCAUCGUCAGGAACCAGCUUGAGCGGUGAUGUGGGUAUCAACGUAGAGAAUUUCGGAGUGUUUGAUGCAAGAACACUAUCGACUUUCGAUUCUCGGAGUACUGCCGGCACUUUCCUCCCGCAAGAUCCUCUCACGAUAGCCGAGACGUGCGAUGAAGAGUCUGAACGAAUGCUGGGUACAGACCUGGCUCUUUACACUUCCUCUCCAAGUGUGCCAAGUCCCGAGAGACAGCAGAUUCUUCCAUCCCCUUCACAUUCCGAAGCUGAAGCAGCUUGGGAGUUGUGCAAUCUACAUGUGCAAGGGCCUUCGGAGACUGAGGCAAAUAGUCUAGGCACAGGAUUUGCUCAAGACCAUUCAGACAACCUUCAAGACGAGGGAGUCGCUGACAAAGUUUCGUCUUCUUCAUCAGAGCAUCAGUGUUGGCCAGGGAUAAGCGUCUCGACAGAACUUUCAAGGCCACCGAUUACGGUCAUCUCUGAAAGAGAGCGAUUUCUCAUGCAUCACUACAUGCAUAGAGUAGUCAACAUUUUUUGUGUCAUCGACAAUGCAAAGAGUCCUUGGAAGACGAUACAUCUGCCUCGAGCUAUCCAGGGAGCCGGUGAGCUGAGUGUGAUGGGAGCAACAUCUAGGAUCCGCAACGCCCUACGCAACGCGCUGCUCUCCAUAAGUGCCUACUACCUCUCAAACGUUCAGGUGUCAGAAAAAAAGCUGGAAGUCGAGUCGAAUUGGGUGGAGGCAGCCACUCUCUAUCGUUAUAAUGCCAUUGGAUUACUCAAACAAGCGGUAGAAGUUGACCUCCACGCACCAGAAAGACCGAAGUAUAAGGAGUUUCUAGCAACAAUGCUGUCAAUGAUAACAAUAAACGUUAUGUCGGGAGACACAAGCACCUGUGAUGUUCAUCUAAACGGCGCUCAACAGCUCAUCAUCCACAUGGGGAAGGGAAAGCCAAGGCUGUCUUCAAAAGCUCGAGCCCUACAUCGGAUCUACUAUUACCUUCGAGUUAUCUACGAAAGUACCGCUACCCUACGAAGUUCCACAUGUCGCUUUUCGCCAUCUUCCGGAGAAGGUGUUCUUCAUAUGCCCCAUUCUCCAGGCCAACAAGUCUCCACCAAUGCUUUUCCUUUCCCAGACGAGGAUACGAUAUCUACGUGCUCUGAGCCUGCGCACGCAGCAAGCGAGAUGGCAUCAUAUGAAUGUAUCUAUGGAAUCCCUCAGAGCUUGCUGGUCUUACUCCAAAGAACCAGUGAUGUGAUCGAUAGGAUCGAUGCGGCGAGGAAAGCCCAUGGCAUCACAUCGAUACCGAAAGAUUUGGACAGAAUGUGCGAUGAUAUUGAAAGAGAUAUCUUCGACUGGCCACUCGACGUGGAACUCACUCGGUAUCGCGAUGCCGAUAUUGGCACGAGCUUUGAGAUCAUCUACCACCAAACACAUUCAUUCCACAACGCUCUCAUUAUUUACUUCUCCCAGAAUGUCAGACUACUCAGCCAUCGAUACCUCCGCCAGUAUGUGACAGAGGUUCUACAUGACAUUGAGGCCAUCGAGACCAUCAAGACCGAGACUAAGCUACUUGCUGCACCCCUUUUCUGGCCGGCUUUCAUGGCGGCAACGGAAGCUCAUGACCAGCGUCUCCAAGACCGCUUUCGCCAAUGGUACACGAAAGUUGCGGUUUACGGCAUCAAGGCGGUGAGGACAGGAACUCAAGUUGUGUAUGAAGUGUGGAAACGGGGACCCUCGUCUGAUGGUCGUGUGACGAGCCAAUGGCGUACAGUAGUGGAGGAAACGGGGACGACUUUGAUGCUGACAUGA